AUGGCAGAAAGGAAAAGAAUAAGACCAAGAAAUUCAUUUAAUUCAGAUUCAUUAGAAAAAGAAGGAUUUAAAGAAAAAGAUAAAAAUAAAGAAUAUUUUAUUGAAAAUAAAAAUCAAAAGAAAAAAACAAGUUUAAAUGAUAAAAUUGAGGAUUUAGAAACAAGAUUAAUAGAAUCUCAUAAUAGAAAAAAAGAUUUUGAUAUGAUAUUUAAUACAGAAAAGGGUUUAAAAAGUCUAGAUGAUGUACGUAUUAUCCUUGAUAUUGGAAACAUUAUUAUUAUUACUAAAGCACAUGAUAAAUCUCUUGUUUUAUUAACUCGUAAACUAGUGAUAUGGCUUUUAUCAUAUCAAUCUAAUCAUGAAAAAAAAUACAAUGUAUAUGUAGAAUCGACUUUUAAAGAUUCAUGUGAUUUUGAUUCUAAAAAUAUUAUAAAGCUGAAUCCAUCUUUUGAAAAUUAUUUAAAAUAUUGGACAUUUGAGUUUUGCAAUGAAUAUUCAUCAUUAUUUGAUUUUGUUAUUACGCUUGGUGGAGAUGGGACUGUAUUAUUUGGUAGCUGGCUGUUUCAAAAGACAGUCCCUCCUGUUCUUUCUUUCUCACUUGGUUCAUUGGGAUUUUUAACAAUGUUUGAUUUUUCAACUUUUGAUACUACAUUGGACAAUUUAUUUUGUAAUGGAGUUAUUAUUAGUUUAAGAAUGAGGCUUCAAUGUACUAUAAUGAGAGUUAAAGUUGAUGAUAAUGGGGAACCAAUUGAUAAAACAAGAGAUUUAGAUCGUUCUAUAUUGAAUGAUAAAAAUUGUGGAACAAGUUUAACUCAUGAACCUAAAGAAUCAUUUUCAGUAUUAAAUGAUCUUGUUGUUGAUCGUGGUCCAAAUCCAUUUUUAAGUUCUAUAGAACUUUAUGGUGAUUAUGAACAUUUUACCUCUGUACAGGCAGAUGGAAUUUGUAUUUCUACACCUACAGGCUCUACAGCAUAUUCACUUUCUGCGGGUGGAUCUCUUUGUCAUCCAGAUAUACCAGCUAUACUUAUAAGUCCAAUAUGUCCUCAUACAUUAUCAUUUAGACCUUUAUUGGUACACGAUUCUAUGAUUUUGCAUGUCGCUAUCCCAUAUGAUUCUAGAAGCACAUCUUGGGUUAGCUUUGAUGGAAGAAAUAGAGUGGAAAUUAAACAAGGCGAUUAUGUAACUAUUUCAGCAUCCAAAUUUCAUUUCCCCAUUGUCCUUCGAUCUAAACAAAAUUCUAACUGGUUUACCAGUCUUGCUACUAGACUUGGAUGGAAUGAACGCACAAUAAAACUUAAACCUUUGUCAAAUUAA